AUGGCUGGAUUGUUGCACACAGUGACCAACUUGGAGGGCGUUUCAGAUGUUCUCACCAAAGGGAUUUUUGCCGUGGAUGAAGCAAUAAGACAGGACUUCCUCGAAAUAUUCCCUGAACAAGUCGACGAAAUCGCCACGAUGUCAGAUAAAACCCUACGUUGCUUGAGGGGAUCUACAAUCUUAUUGACGCUCGUCGACCCUACAAAGAAACAUCUUUGGGUGCUAAAUCUCGAUGAUGGCUUAGUGGUGCUCGGAAGUAGACGAGACGCGAGUUCACAAUCAGAAUGCAUCUUCGACGAUAGAGUGCUCGGUAAUCUUGCUGUCACGAGAGCUGUUGGUGACCACAGCUUCAAACUGCCUCGCAUCUACGCUGAGAAAAUAUUCUUAAACGUAGAACCGGGAUUUCGUGUCCCUGCUGCGACUGAGUCUUUCAUUUCACGAAAUCUGAGCCCGCCAUGCGUCUCGAAUCUUGCAAGCGUUUGUCAUGUCGACCUUCAUGAGCAGUCAAGCUGCAACUGCUUUAUCUUGAUGUGUUCCGACGGGCUGGUUGACGUUUACAUGGAUGACCCAGAUCACGUUGAAUCCUUCGCAUCUCUCGUCCGGAAGUGGGUGGAAAUAGUGGGUGACGUCGUGAAAGAUGACAUUGAAGGGGCAAUGCUGCGCUUGUUAAGACACGCUCUGGGCGCAGAAGACAUCGACAGAGUCUCAUGCAUGCUCAACGUAGACAUGCCUGUCCUUUAUAUGGAUGAUACGACUGUCAUCUUACAAGUGCUGUAGUAUCCGAUACUAAGGCGUGUGGAUGUAGGGGGUAACGGAUGUGGAUUGUGC